AUGUCGAGAUACGCUUCGCAACAAACUGAUGAUAAGCAGUUAUACGAUACUGUUGGUUCCAAUAUUCCAGAAGGGCAAGUCCAAGAUGAUUCGUACGUCACGAGCAGAAAGGAGCCAAUUCCAGUUGAAAGCGACAAUGCUGUAGUCGAAGAUCCCGUCCAGACAUCAUUGGCAGACACCGAUCAACAAUUGGAGCAAGACGAGAAAGAAGCUAUUGAUAAGUCUAAUAUCAUUGACCAAAGAACUCGAGGUUCUAAGCCGAGAGGUUCGUACAAAGAGCCUGGGGAUGAGCCGAUGGGUUUGACUGAAUAA